UGACAGAUGAAUAUAACAUUUAAUUUUUAGAAAAGCAAAAGAAACAUUUUAUCCAAAUUUAAAUAAAAUUGGGAUUUUAUUUGACUUACGUCGUAAAGUCGGUUACAAAUACUAAGAAACACCACCGAGCAAAAGAAGAAAAAAUAAACAGCCACGAGGAAGCAACAAAAACGUAACAGAGAAGAAGAAGAAGAAGUAGAGAAAAAGAGUAUUACAAUGAAAUCCGAUGAUAAAAAUGAGAUGUUAGCAUCAGAAGCACCCAAACCUCCAAACGCAGCCAUGGAAACGCAAUCUACAAACGGCGGUACAAAAGGUAAGAAACGCAACCGCAACCGCAAAAUCUGCAUCUGCGUCACACUCCUCGUUAUCCUCCUCAUCUUCAUCAUCCUCCUCGUCUUAGGCCUCACUCUCUUCAAACCAAAACGCCCCAUCACCACCAUCGACUCCGUCGCCGUGGAUCGUCUCAAAGCCUCCGUCGACGUCCUCAACCUCAAAGUCAUCCUAAACCUAACGCUGAACGUCGAUCUCUCCUUGAAAAACCCUAACCGCGUCGGCUUCAGCUUCGGCUCCUCGUCGGCGUUGCUCAACUACGGCGGCAAGUUGAUCGGAGAGGCGCCGCUUCCGGCGAGUAGGAUCGGGGCGGAGAAGACGCUGCCUAUGAACUUGACGCUGACGUUGAUGGCGGAUCGGUUAGUGACCGACACGAGGAUUUUCAGUGACUUCAUGUCUGGGUCUAUACCGGUUAACACUUUUGUUAAAGUGUCUGGGAAAGUAAGUGUUCUGAAGAUAUUUAAGAUUAAAGUUCAGUCUUCUUCUUCGUGUGAUAUUGUUAUCUCUGUUGCGAAUCGGAAUGUUACGAGUCAGCACUGUAAGUAUUCGACUAAGCUGUGAUCGUUGUAGUUUGUUGUAGAUCUAUGAUAUUUUUUUUUUUUUUUGAAACUGAUCUAUAAUACUUUUUGUCUUCUUGUUGUCUUCAUGUCUUGAUGGUUUUGUUUUUGAAAUCCUUUUGUGUGUAUGUGUGUAUUAGAACAGAAUAAAUUAAAAAAGGCAUUGCUUUGUUUUUUUGUUUUCAUUUUGAAAUCUGUUCAGAUCUCAGAUUGAUUCAGCAAAGAAGUAGUAACAUGUUGAGUCGG